UGCCGCUCACUCAGUGCCUCUGUCUCGAUCUCUCACCAUGCGAGCUUCGCAAACCAACAAACCGCAGCCGCUGCCGCUCCCACCUCCACCUCUCUCGCUGCCGUCGACGCCGUCCACCACCCCGCGCCGGCGUGGCCGCACCGCCUCAUCGUCCUCGUCGUCUUCCUCCGUGUCAACCGGGUCUUCCUCCUUCUCCCCGUCGCCGUCCCCUGCCCCGUCUCCCCGCACCACCACCGCCACCUCAGUCGUGCCUUUCUCGUGGGAGCGCCGCCCAGGGCUCCCCAAGAGCUCCCUUGGCGGCCUCAUGUCAUCCUCCGGUAGCAGCACAACCCUCCCGCUCCCCCCGCCGCCGCUCCGCCCUUCCCCUCGCCGCUGCCGGCAGCGCAGACGCCGCCGCGCCGUCGAAGCCCCGGGACCCGGUGCGGACCCCUUCGCCGCCGCCUUGGUGGAGUGCACCAGGGAGGAAGGCAUGGCCGAUGACGACGCCGACGACAAGCUCUGGCCGGCGCGGACAACGAAGGUGUCCGGCCGCACGGCGCGCCCAUGGCGGAUCGCUGGCGGCGGUGUCGUCGGAUUACUCGACCUCUACGGGUGCAAGAGCGCCAUGGACGUCGUCGACGGCGCGUUUCUUGCUCGCCGGCCCGUCGCACCGUCUCCCCGUCCCGGGCCGUGCCGGGCCACCCGGAGAUAAGUGAUUAUAACAAGAUCAUCGCUCGAUCCUUAUAACAAUUAACAUUUCUGUAUGUUGAAUUGGUGCUAACGUAGCAAAGAAGAUCAUUUGAGUCCUGUGCUCGAUCCUCUGUCGCUACAGCAAUGGCGGAAUGGCAUCUUGUUUGGUUCACCUCGAUCAUCUGAUUAGAUUCCCGUGUCAUGUAAUCCAGAUCAUUGCUUUCUAGUCAGGCGGUUGAGGUGUCAUGAACAGCACACAUGUGCCACCGCUUAAUUUGUGUGUUUUCUCUACCUUUUUCUGCGAUGGAGUGUCUUCUGUUAUUAGCUUCAGCUACGCAUGUUCAUGGAUGCGUGUGUGCUGCAGUAUACAUACUAAUACAUGUUGCAAAAUAUAAAAAUGUUUGGUUGUCUGGGGAUUCGUUCGGUUUGGUUUGUUAAUUUUGAGGAGGGACAUUGUAUAUCAUGAUCAUGAUCGAAGUUGUUGCGGGAUGCGUCGUAUUCGACAACC